CAGCGUGCACAAGCCCAGAGCUGGCAGCCGCAGCCUCCCGCUGCACACAGACGGCCUGGAACCUCUUGGGCCAGAGCUUCUGCUGCCUGCCCUGCUGGGACCCUGCCUCGCCCCCGGCACCAUGAAGCAGCAGGUGUUCUGGACGGGGCUGGAAUACACCUGUCGGCUCCUGGGCAUCACCACCGCUGCAGUGCUGAUCGGCGUGGGCACUGAGACCUUCCUCCGGGGACAGUUCAAAAGCCUGGCUUUCUAUCUGCUGUUCACAGGAGCUGCCGUCUCUGUGAGCGAAGGGGCCUACUUUGUGGCUCAGCUGCUGUCCGUCUGCUUCCAGUGUCAGCCAGGGUCCCUGGCCUACAGAGCAAGAGAGAAGGCCCACUGGCUGGGCUGCUUCCAGAGGUUCCUGGCCUACAUGCUGCUGUCGGUGGCCUGCUUCCUCCACCCUGUCCUGGUCUGGCACGUGACCAUCCCAGGCUCUAUGCUCAUCAUCACCGGUCUGGCCUACUUCCUGCUGAGCAAGAGGAAAAAGAGCAAAGCUGCAGCAGAGGUGCUGGCGCCCCCAGAGCAGUACACAGACCCUUCCAGCAGUGUGGUCAGCACCACCGGCUCUGGGGACACCGAGCAGACCUACACCUUCCACGGAGCCCUCAAGGAGGGACCUGGCUCCCUCUUCAUCCACGUGAAGAGCAUCCUGAAGGUGACGAGGAAGCCCAACGCCCUCCGACGCCCGGACACCCUGACGGAGCUGACUCUGGAGCCGGCUGACUCACUCGCCAAGAAGAAGCAGGUGCACUUUGAGGACAGCGUGGUGAAAAUCAUCCCGGCCCUGGCAGAAGGCCCAGAUGAUGGGGACAGUGAGCCGGAGGAGACCACCUCUGACACCACCCCCAUCAUCCCGCCCCCCGAGGCCCCACUCUUCCUCUCUUCCCUUGCGAGCCCCGGCCUCUUCUGAGCUGCUCUUUCCAGGCUGGGGGGAUGCUCAGCAAGGAGUCUGUAUAGAUAUAUGGUCCUGCCAGGAAUUCCCUGGUGUCUAGGGCCCGUCGGGGGAGCUCAGAGUCUUCACAGGUCAGCUCUUCAGGGGUUACCAGACAUCCCCAUGGUGGUUGGGCCUCUGGGGCCAUUGGGCAGCAGGACAGGUCCUGUGGAGACCAUGAGGGUGGCACAGAUGAAGCUCAUGCUGCCUCGAGCCCUCACAGGGUCCUCCCUCCUGGACCCAGAUCGGAGAAGUCCUUGUGCUUCCCUGAAGGAGAUCGUCACUCCCACCUCACACAAGGCAUCAGCCCAGAAGUCCUGGGGCUUCUUCGGCUCCUGAGCCCGGAUAAUACACUCUACACGGUCACAGCCCAUCUCCUCUCUGAUGUAACAUAGCUCUGCAGGCCCACCGGUGCUCUGGCAGCUUAUGCAUCUCAAAGGCAGGUGUUGACGACCGCCAUGGUCCCGAACUCCAACUGAGAGUGUUCGGGGACGGGAAGCGGGGAAGGAAGGCAAGGUGGCGAACCCCCAGGGUGGGAGCGGCGCUGAGCAGUGGGCCGCAUUCUCUGCGUGCUCCAGGGCUGGCGCCAGGCAGCAGGAGUCACAGAGCCACUCAGGGAGACAAUGCGGCUCUGUGCUCACUGCAGGGAGAGCGGGGCUGGGACAGUGAUGCUCAUUCCAGAAGCAUCGCUGAGGGCUCCCUGUAUCCCCACCACAUGGGUUCUCAAGAUUCCAAGCAGAUGAUGUAAACUAAAAGAGACUGUAAGCCAACAAUCUUCGGCCAUGAAUGCCAACAUACAUGACAAGGCGCAUGCUGUGUGCAGGGGCCACGGGGCGGUGACUUGGAGACUCACACAGCUUGGAGACGUGGCUCUGGCCUGCUUGGUGACUGGUAGCAGAAGAGGUGAGAAAUGUAUGCUUGUUCAAAAUGGAAGAGAAGGAAGGAAGAGCAGGGGAAAGAGGGGAGAUAGGAAAGUGGGCAGGGAACAGGCCAGCCCUGUGCCACAGGGCCAUGGAAGACAGUUA